AUGUCAAGCGCAUCUCGAGCGCUCAGCACCGCAGCUAGGACACCAGCUGGCCGAGCUCUUGGUCUGACAGUUGUCUUGUGGCUCAUCACAUUCUUCUACUGCAAGCACAAGUUCUGGAGGGACCCCCAUUCAGCAUUCUUCGACAGCUCGACUGUUUACGAUCAGGGCUACAGCAACGUGCGGAGUCAGGAAGGGCUAAACUUCUUGUCACAAGCAAAGCCAAUGAUAGACAUACCAUCGCCCGAUCCCGUCAUCUGUGCUGGCAUCGUCACAGUGAGACGGAAUCCCAUCCAAUAUCUCAACAAGACUAUCGGAUCUAUGCUAGCGGGUCUGACAGACGAAGAACGAAGCGCGAUACACAUCAGGCUUCUCUUUGCCGAAACCGAACCGCAAAUGCAUCCUGAUUACCAUCAGCGAUGGCUUGGCCAUCUUGAGAGUGCUGAGACCUACAAUGUGACCAGUGAGAGUCUCGCACAUCUCAGGGAACUAGAAGAAGCAAGGGACUUCUACGAGAAAGGUGUAUUGUGCGUGAACAUGCGAUGA